GCAGCGUGCGGUCCCUCCGCUCGGUGUUUCCCGCGCUCAGGUCUCGCGCGGUCGUCCUCCCAGGCCCCCGCGCGAUGUGGAGGAGCUGCCUCCGGCUGCGGGGCGGGGGUCGCCACCUCCUGAACUGCCCCCGGGGUGGCCUCACCGCCUCCGAGGGGCCGGGGCCAAAACCCCCGGCCCACGCCCGGGCCUACGCGCCCCCAGCAGAAAGGAAGAGGUUCUAUCAGAAUGUCAGCAUCACACAGGGUGAAGCUGGCUUUGAGAUCAAUCUGGACCACAGGAAGCUGAGGACUCCCCAAGCCAAGCUCUUCACCGUCCCCAGCGAGGCCCUGGCCGUCGCUGUGGCCACUGAGUGGGACUCCCAGCAGGACACCAUCAAGACGUACACCAUGCACCUGACCACACUGUGCAACACGUCUCUAGACAACCCGACCCAGCGAGACAAGGACCAGCUCAUCUGGGCAGCCGCGAAGUUCCUGGACACUGACGCCGUCUGCUGCAGGGUGGAAGAACCAGAGACGCUGGUGGAGCUGCAGAGGAGCGAGUGGGACCCAGUCAUAGGCUGGGCUGAGAAGAGAUACGGCGUGAAGAUCGGCUCCUCCACCAGCAUCAUGGGGCCCAGCAUCCCAGCCCGGACUCGGGAGGUGCUGGUCAGCCACCUGGCUUCUUACAACACGUGGGCCCUACAAGGGAUUGAGUUUGUGGUGAGCCAGCUCAAGUCCAUGGUGCUGACCUUGGGCCUGAUCGACUUGCACCUGACGGUGGAGCAGGCUGUGCUGCUGUCGCGCCUGGAGGAGGCCUUCCAGAUCCAGAAGUGGGGCAACGUCGAGUGGGCCCAUGACUACGAGCUACAGGACCUGCGGGCACGCACGGCCGCCGGUGCCCUCUUCGUGCACCUCUGCUCCGAGAGCUCGGCCGUCAAGCACAAGCUGCUGCAGGGGUGAGGCGGGGCCCCAAGCCACGCAGCUGG